AUGUCUGCUGCCGUUGUUAAGCCAUUCAAAAUUUUUAAUGAUUUUGAAAAUAAAGAAAACAUAGAUCCUUUGACUGGAAUAUGUUCAAAUACAAAGCCAAACAUUUUCACAUCAAAAAAAAGAGUUCCACUCAGAGAUAUAACUCCUGUUACAACUAAAUAUCCAACGUCACCAAAAAAAUCAAGACAAGUCGCUGUUGAUUUAGCUUCUAAUUAUAUCCCACCUGUUUUCAAUUUGCAAAUUUCAUCCAACGUUCCAGCAACUAAAAAACCAAUCAAUAAUGGUUUCAAUUUUAUUAAUGGAAACUCAAAUGGUAGUUUCAGUAUCUAUCAUGAUGUUCCAACUUCAUCUGUUAAAACAAUUAGAUAA